AUGUCCGCCACGUUGUCCAGGUAUUUCAACGAGACCGUGUGGCAGGAAUUGCCCAGGGAAUCUUCACCAAAAAAAAGCACAGGCGCUUUAUACCAGCAUAGCGUGGGAGAGGCAGAAGCUGCUGCACUUCCACCGCCUUUCAUAGCAGCCUACUACGCCCUGACCAGUCUUGCUGCUCUCCAGUCCGGGGAAUCUGUACUCAUUCACGAUGCUGCCAGUGAUGUUGGCCAAGCUGCGAUCGUGCUCAGUCAACAAUUGGGUGCAACCAUCUUUAUGCUCAGCAAGUCUUCGGCCGAGGCGUAG